GGAAGAAGGAGGCAGGCGGCACCGCCGUACCGGAGGAGGAGCCCAGGCGCCCAAAAAAGGCGAAGCGGAAAAGCAUCCACCCCCUCCCCCUUCCUCCCCAACCCGCGAGCACAGCAGAGGAGAGAGAGAGGAGAGGAGAGGAGAGAGAGGCCGGCAAGCGCAUCUCCCCCCUUGGCCCUUGCCGUCCUUCCUCUGCUCUCCGCCUGCGCCGGUCGGCUCUGCUCUGCCGCUGCGGCCGCAGGCGCAGCAACCACCCCGCCGAUCGACCGGGCCAUGCGCGCCUAGCCACCACCCUGCGACCACCCACCCACUCCCUUCUUCCUCCCUCCCUCCCUCCCGGUUGGCGUUGGCUCCCCCUCCCCCGAUCCGCCUCCGCUGCCUGCCUGCCUGACCGCCCGCCUCUAUAUAUACCCCCGCCUCGGCGCCUCCGACCCCGCCCCAGAACCUUCCAGAACCCCCGCCCCUCCCCUCCUCCCGAGCUCCGAUGGCCGUCGCCGAGGCCGCCGCCGCCGACCACGCCGCGCCGCGCCCGGAGGAGGCGCCGGGCUCCGGCUCCGACGCCGGGGAGCGCGAGAUGCGGGAUCUGGAGGAGCUCCUCUCCAAGCUCAACCCCAUGGCCGAGGAGUUCGUCCCGCCCUCCCUCGCCUCCCCCGUCGCCGGCGGUCCCGCCGCCCUCGCGCCCGUGCCCGCGCUGCUCUCCCCCGCCGCCUACGGCUACUACCCCGCCAACGCCGGCUUCGCGGUCGCCUCGCCGGCGCACCGCGGCGUCGUCGGCUUCCCGGCCGUCGCCGACGGGCCCGCCGGCCGCGGCAGGAAGAAGGGGGGAGCGGUAGGGUUCGGCGGCCACGGCCACCCCGGCCGGCGCCGGACCAACAGCCGCACCAGCAUGGCGCAGCGGGACGAGGUCAUCCGCCGCACCGUCUACGUCUCCGACAUCGAUCACCAGGUCACUGAAGAAAACCUGGCAGCGCUAUUUAUAAACUGUGGACAGGUUGUGGAUUGUCGCAUGUGUGGGGACCCAAAUUCAGUUCUCCGUUUUGCUUUCAUUGAGUUCACUGAUGAGGAGGGUGCCAGGGCUGCUCUAAAUCUGUCGGGUACCGUACUUGGAUAUUAUCCUGUCAGGGUUCUGCCAUCAAAAACUGCCAUUGCACCUGUCAACCCAACUUUUCUGCCUAGGUCUGAUGAUGAACGCGAAAUGUGUGCAAGGACUAUUUACUGCACAAACAUUGACAAGAAGGUCACUCAGGCAGAUCUGAAAUUGUUCUUUGAGUCUAUAUGUGGAGAGGUCUUUCGGCUGAGGUUGCUUGGUGACUACCAUCAUUCUACUCGUAUCGCCUUUGUGGAGUUUGUAAUGGCUGAAAGUGCCACUGCUGCUCUCAACUGCAGUGGUGUGAUUCUUGGUUCCUUGCCAAUAAGGGUGAGCCCAUCUAAGACUCCCGUGCGUCCCCGCGCGCCUCGCCAGCUGAUGCACUAGAUGUUGUAGGUACAGGAGGUGCUGAUGGCACUGGUUAAUAUAUAAUAGAGAUAGACAUAUGAAAGGGGGGAAAGUCGCAAUAUGUCUUUUCUUUUUAAGUUAUGGGCUCGGCUUUUUUUUUUCUUCACUGUUACCACCGCGAGUGAGUAAAGUAUCUAUGCUCGGAGCCAGAGAGGGGAAAUUCCGGGUUGAGGUUGGAUCAUUUUACCUUGCACAUAGUGGAGAGCUUCUUAGAAGGAAGCGGGGUUGGUCUCUUUUGUCCUUGAUGCAACAAGGCGAAACUCCUGGACUUUUACCUGUGUUCAGUUGUUUGCUGUGUCUUGGUUGCUACUCGCAAAAACUUGGGAAUUACUUGGAGAUUAUGAACGCUUACCGUUAUGCCCUACGUUAUGCUUCCGUGUA